AUUAUUUCAGUACUCCGCGGAAAGGAUUCUCCAUGAGUCGUUGAAAUCUUCCGAUUCGGGGUCGCUUGAUGAGAUACAUAAUCUGACCACUCUUAUUCCAGUAGUUUCCACUGCGACUGUCUAUAUUUCAGUUACUUUGCUUUUGAUUCAGCCAUAACGAUGGCGGCACAGGCGGCUCUCAUCGCCGAUACGAUCGUCGGUAUGAAAAGGGCUCUACGCAAAGAAAAUGAUUUCUCAGGCCCUGAUGACCCCAUCGCUCAGCCGACAAACCGAGGCAACAAACUACGGACAAACGCUAAACAUGUGCGGGAGGGCGCAUUGGGGUAUAUCCAGCCUGAAGAUCUUUAUAAGCAGAAAAUUGAUCAUGCUGGGUACACACGCUAUAUCCUACAGCCAAACCCCGUGCGCUAUGACUCAGAGGGUGAUGAGUUAGACGAGGAUGAUGAAGACUCCGAGGCAGAUGCCGCUGCGGCGGAAGAGAAUCCAUUUUCUGAGCUCGCGUUGGAAAAUUUCCUGUGCCCGUUAAAACAUCCAUCGGAACUACCUACUCACCCUUCCUUAUCCCACGCCUAUACGUCAAAUGCUCUCUCGAAUAUGACCAAGGCCAUCGAGGCUAAACUACGCCAAGAACGGGCUCUUUUGUGGCGUGCGCGAAACCUCCACAGACUGUUCCUUGGGGAUAGCUCUUGGAUGCCAUGUGGAACAGUUGAGACUCCCGAAGACAGAUGGAUCUUCGAGCCGCGGCUUGGUAAUCCGGGUCACAAAUCUCCAAUCGGUCCAAAUGGGCAGAACAGUGUUCCCAGUCGUUCAACGACAAUAGAAAUGACAGGUCGAAGCCAUGGAGCACAUAGUUGUGUUUCACUUGUCAGGACAUCGAAAGAAGCCCAGACGGCGGAAAGCAAGGACAUCCAGAGUCGCCAUACUGCAGAACAAGACAUUGAAAUGGCUAUUGUUCACAAUCAUGAGAAGGAGAAUGGGAGCCCUAUGAAUGACAAUGAGCAGACACGAGAACCCAAGUCCGAAGAGGUUGAGACUCCCGUUAUAAGCCUUCCACAGCAUUUAGACAUCGAUGAAGCCAACGGCAGUGACGUAGUAAAUUCACACUUGGAAUGCAGUCAAAAAUCUGACGCGGAUGGGCUUCAUGCAGACAGAAAAGGAAUUGCAACUGAUCGAACUGACUCGGGUGACGUGAACGUUGAUACGACCUAUGAGGGCUCCGGCAAUGUCCAUGGGGAUGAAAUGGACAAAGAUGAAGAGAUGCAGGACGGGUUUUCCCCCGAGCCACCGCGUCGAAUGACGACUCGAGCUCAGGCUAAUGCCGCAAAUCCACAAGAGGAUGAAUCAGACCACUUCCCACCAUCUCCUUCCUCUGACACCCUCAGCUCACUUCCUAUACCACACCCUCUCUUUCUCGUGCCUGACUCUAUCCGCCCAGAUCCCAAUUUUGGUCUGUCGCCCAUGGAAGCCGAAGAUACACGACGACUCCUGUGGUCAUAUGUGCAGAAACAGGAGGAGACUGUCAGGGGAUUCGAGCACAUGUUGGAAUGCCUACUCCGAGCUUGCCGUAUGAAAGAUGAUGUGCUCGAGUGGUGCAAAGCGGAAGGCCAUGUGGGCGAAAUGAGUGACGGAGAAGACUGGUAUGACCGGGAAAGAUGGGGGCUAGUGGAGGGUGAAGACCUCAAGAAGGGCGCGGACGAGGAUGAGAUUGAGAUGGUCGAGGAAAGCCGCGCUUCAAAUAAAAGAGGCAGAGGCCGGCGAGCAUAGAUGCAAUAGCUCACUUCUACGGCUCACAAUCAUCGAUGGUGGUUGCAUAGAUCAAUGACCCGGGGGUUGCUGGGUGUUUUCACAUUUUGGGCCCUGGAAAGAGGUAUCUUUGGCGGCCUCAGCAACUACCGUUACGGCUUCUGUAUGACUCA